AGCGGGGAGUCGGGUUCAAAGGAGGAAAUAUGGCGGAAAACAAAGGAGGAGGAGGCGGCGGUGGCGGGGAGGGGGCUGGGGAGGCCGGGCAGGCCGGGGGUGGUACCGAGUCUGUCACCUCCGCCGUGGCGGCCGUUGUCACCUCAGCCGCGGCGGCCGUUGCGUCCCCGUCCCCUCCAGCCCCCGCCGCGCCCGAGGAGAGGGAGAGUCCCGGUGCGGUGGUCCUUGCGGUGGCGGCGGCUGUGGCGGCAGACAAGGGCCCCGGGGAGGCGGAGGCCGCGGCGCCCGUGUUGGUGAGCGUAGGCCCGGCGCCGGGCCCCGUGCCGCUGGCUCCGUUGGGCCCCAGCCCCGCGCCCCCCGCCCUCUCCAGCGCCGCGCCGGGCCCGCUGUCGCUGCUGGACACCUGCGCAGUGUGCGCGCAGAGCCUGCAGAGCCGGGAGGCCGAGCCGAAGCUGCUGCCCUGCCUGCACUCCUUCUGCCGGCGCUGCCUCCCGGAGCCCGAGCGCCAGCUGAACGUGCCCGUGCCCGGAGGCGCCAACGGGGACAUCCAGCAGGUUGGUGUGAUCAGGUGUCCAAUCUGUCGCCAGGAAUGCAGGCAAAUAGAUUUGGUAGACAACUACUUUGUCAAAGACACAUCUGAAGCACCCAGCAGCUCUGAUGAGAAAUCAGAACAGGUGUGCACCAGCUGUGAAGAUAAUUCUAGUGCUGUUGGUUUCUGUGUGGAAUGUGGAGAAUGGCUGUGCAAAACCUGCAUAGAAGCUCAUCAACGAGUUAAAUUUACUAAGGAUCACAUGAUUAGAAAGAAAGAAGAUGUCUCCUCAGAGGCUGUUGGAGCAUCUGGUCAGCGUGCUGUUUUUUGUCCUGUGCACAAACAAGAACAGCUAAAACUUUUCUGUGAAACUUGUGACAGACUGACAUGCAGAGACUGCCAGUUAUUGGAACACAAAGAACAUAGGUACCAGUUUUUGGAAGAAGCGUUUCAGAAUCAAAAGGGUGCUAUUGAGAAUCUAUUAGCCAAACUCCUUGAAAAGAAGAAUUAUGUUAACUUUGCAGCUACUCAGGUGCAAAAUAGGAUAAAAGAAGUAAAUGAAACUAACAAACGAGUAGAACAGGAAAUCAAAGUGGCUAUUUUUACCCUCAUUAAUGAAAUCAAUAAAAAAGGAAAAGCUCUCCUACAACAGCUUGAGACUGUAACAAAGGAGAGACAGAUGAAGCUAAUACAGCAGCAGAACGAUAUCAGUGGUCUGUCACGGCAGGUGAAACAUGUGAUGAACUUUACUAAUUGGGCCAUUGCAAGUGGCAGCAGCACUGCAUUACUCUAUAGCAAGCGACUGAUCACGUUCCAGCUGCGACAUAUUUUAAAAGCACGAUGUGAUCCUGUCCCAGCUGCUAAUGGAGCAAUACGCUUCCAUUGUGAUCCCACAUUCUGGGCAAAGAAUGUAGUCAACUUAGCAGCAACUCCUCUUACUCUGUUGGAGGACAUUUUCGAGGUUCCUCAAGCUUCAGGGCAGCUUGUUGGGCACUGUGAGGGGAUGCUUCUGGAAAGGGGGAGGUAUCGGAACCCCCCACUACAUGUGCAGAGCUCAUCAUGUGGCCCUUUGGAUUGGGGCUAUACCUUGGGAACUGAAAAAGGUAAUCUUAUUAUUGAAAACAAACCAACCCAAGGUUAUACUCCUAAUGUAGUAGUGGGGCAAGUUCCUCCGGGAACAAACCACAUCAGCAAACCUCCACAGCAAAUUAAUCUUGCACAGCUUCGGCUCCAGCAUAUGCAACAGCAGGUGUACGCACAACAAAAACACCAACAGUUACAACAGAUGAGGAUGGGGCAGCCUGCAGGACAGAUCCCUCGCCAGGCAGGCCCACAGAUGCUGCAGCAACAGCCUCCGAGGUUGAUAAGUAUGCAGACCAUGCAGAGGGGAAUGAAUUGCGGUGCUUUCCAAGCCCACCAGAUGAGAAUGGCUCAGAACACUGCUCGUCUCCCAGGGAUAUCGCGUCACAACGGGCCCCAGUACAUGAUGCAGCCACACUUACAAAGACAAGUAUAUGCUCAUUCAAACCCAGGACAUGCAGGUCCCUUCCCAGUUGUUUCAGUGCACAAUAAUACUAUCAACCCAACAAGCCCUACAACAGCCACCAUGGCCAAUGCGAACCGUGGUCCAACAAGCCCAUCUGUAGCAGCAAUAGAACUUAUUCCUUCAGUAACCAACCCAGAAAAUUUGCCUUCCUUGCCAGAUAUUCCUCCUAUACAGCUGGAAGAUGCUGGUUCCAGUAACUUAGAUAAUUUACUAAGUAGGUAUAUCGCAGGCAGCCAUCUACCCCCUCAGCCUAUAAGCAGUAUGAAUCCCUCCCCUGGGCCCUCAGCCCUGUCUCCAGGCUCAUCAGGUUUAUCCAAUUCACACACACCUGUGAGGCCACCUAGUACCUCCAGCACGGGCAGUAGAGGCAGCUGUGGUUCAUCAGGCCGAACUGUGGAAAAGAACAAUAUUAGUUUCAAGACUGAACAUGUGAAAGUUAAACAGGAGCCAGGCACAGAAGAAGAGGUAUGCAGUUACUCGGGACCAGUGAAGCAAGAAAAAACAGAGGAUGGCAGGAGGAGUGCUUGCAUGCUUAGCAGUCCUGAGAGCAGCUUGACUCCACCACUUUCCACAAACUUGCAUUUGGAGAGUGAAUUGGAAGCACUGGGAAGUAUAGAAAACCAUGUUAAAACUGAACCAGCGGACUUGAGUGAAAGCUGCAAACAGUCUGGACACAGUCUUGUAAAUGGCAAGUCCCCAGUGCGUAGCCUCAUGCAUCGAUCAGCUAGAUCUGGAGGAGAAGGCAACAACAAAGAUGAAGAUCCCAAUGAAGACUGGUGUGCUGUGUGCCAAAAUGGAGGAGACCUGUUAUGUUGUGAAAAGUGCCCAAAAGUUUUCCACCUCACAUGUCAUGUACCCACUCUCCUCAGUUUCCCAAGUGGAGACUGGAUAUGUACAUUUUGCCGUGAUCUUAGCAAACCCGAAGUGGAAUAUGACUGUGACAACUUGCAACAUAGUAAGAAGGGGAAAACUGCACAAGGUUUGAGUCCUGUGGACCAAAGGAAAUGUGAGCGCCUCCUGCUUUACUUGUAUUGCCAUGAGCUGAGCAUUGAAUUCCAAGAGCCAGUCCCAGCCUCGAUACCAAAUUACUAUAAAAUAAUAAAGAAACCAAUGGAUUUAUCUACAGUGAAGAAGAAACUGCAGAAGAAACAUUCCCAGCACUACCAGACACCUGAAGAUUUUGUGGCAGAUGUUCGGCUGAUCUUCAAGAACUGUGAAAGGUUUAAUGAAAUGAUGAAAGUUGUUCAAGUUUAUGCAGAAACACAAGAAAUUAAUUUUAAGGGUGAUUCAGAAGUAGCACAGGCAGGGAAGGCAGUUGCGUUAUACUUUGAAGAUAAACUUACAGAGAUCUACCCAGACAGGACCUUCCAGCCUUUACCUGAAUUUGAGCAAGAAGAGGACGAUGCUGAAAUAACAGAUGACUCCGAUGAAGAUUUUAUACAGCCGCGUAGAAAACGUCUAAAAUCGGAUGAGAGACCGGUGCAUAUAAAGUAACCUGAUUAAAACGGACCUAAACUAUUGUAAAAAGAAAAACAUAUUUAAGUGUUCCUGGAAUAUUAUCUUGCCUUCAGUGGCCAUCUUAUUGAAGCUGAUAGUGUUCAGACAGUAUUAGAAUACAAAAAGCAUUUGUACAGAAACAUACUUGUCAAAAAAGGGGGGGAAAGCUUUCAACUUCUGUUCCAGUUUUUUUGUUUUUAGUGUUUGAAUUUUCAUUUUUCACUUGAGAAUACUCCCUCAUUUCUCAGAUGUGUGUGGGAUGAAUGUUGCUAAAGAAACAAAUUUUAUAUCACAACAUUUGUAUGAACAGUGAACUCUUGUCACUACUUAGUAACCAUUUCUGAAAGACUGGACCAAGGCAGUCAUGUUUGCUUCCAUGCUAGGCAGCAGUUUAAACUGCAAGAAACCUUCCUCAAGAUCCUCUUCAUGCAACCUUAGGUGUGAAUUGGAUUGUUUUUAUUCAUCGUCUCAUCUAAGUGGUAUUGCGAGUAUCAUAUUCUGCGUUGGGUCAAAUAGCUGGGUUCUGCUUUCUUUUACUGACUGUAUAGAAGUAUCGUGACUUGAUCAUUAAAACAUUUUGAAUUGGAGAAUGCAGGAGUGCAAGUUCUUCAUAUGUGCUUCAUUAAGUAUGGUUGCAAUUAAUGCUUUUCGUGGUCUUGAGUGGAAGUCCUAUGCACAGAACACUUAAGUGAGUAUCCUCUUGGAGUUUAUUAAUCCUAUUUUUCUUCCCUUGAAAGGCAGGAUGUUGGCUGCAAUACUGGUUAUAUAGAUCCUAAUAAUAUCAGAAUUAGACUAUGAAGUUAAUAGUUGGUGACUGUCCAGUCUUCCCUAAUAUCAGUUUCUGAUAGACCACUAUCAGCAAACAGUAACUUUGUCAACUACCAAAUGUGUAAAAUUUUCUGUAUUCACUCUGUCUUAUUUGUAAAUAGUGGUAUUGUAAAUCCUUUCAGACAGCAACAUUUGCUAGUCUGUUUUUAAGCUAAUAUGUAUUCUUACUAAUGUUCCUAAUCAAGAACAGAUUUGUAAUAUGUUGUUUAUUUCUAAAACUAAGUUCAUAGUUUGACGUUCUUUUAUUAUUCCGUUAGAGCUACUCAGAGUUUUCUUCAGAAGCAGCUUAAAUGACAUGUGGAAGAAAAGAGUCUAUUGAGACAGAGUUAGUUGUGCACCCUUAAAACAGAAAAUUUGCAUGGACCAGUGUAUCAGACAAGUGAUUUCUGGGUAGGUGAUGAAAAUGGGCCAGCCCCAAUUGUGAUAAUCUGCAUGUAAGCAAGCUCUUCAGUUCUGCCUCAGUGGAAACAUUGAGAGCAGAAAUAUUGCUGUGUUACUGUAAUCUGAUGUCGAACAGGUGAAAUUCCCUAUCUGGUCUGUAUUGAACAGCACCAGAGGAUACAAUUUCAAGCCCUUGUACUUAGGUGAUCUUGCGCCCCUGGCAGAACCGUUCAGAUUGCGCUCCCUAGCCACGAACAAAUUAGCUCUUCUUUCUCCCUCUCCUCCAACCCCAACCCCGCACCCAUUCAAUUCCUCACACACUUCACCUUGUAAUGAAUUCCUUUUUGUAAUGAAUUCUGAUUGAAGGAGGACACCAAGAUGGGGAAGGCUGGCCUAGGUGACAGUAUAUAGGAGUCUCCCCACUUACGUGCAGGUUAUGUUCCAGGCCCCUGCCUGCAUAAGUGAAAUUGCAUAAAGUGGGGAGCACCCCACUUUAAUAGGGAGAAGGGCAUGGGCGCCUACUCCUUGAGGCCAAGGUUCCUUCACCCCCCCCUCUAAAAAAUUUGAGGAGUCCUCCCGUUAAUGAGCAUUGUCAUUAAAUUAGUGUACGUGUGCUCCGUAUUAUCGAUUUUACAGGGCGGUGCUUACCUGCCCCCCCCCACCAUAUAUUUUAUUCAAGUUGGCACCCUUGAGGGAGAGUAUGUGAAAGGAGAGAGAGAAAGAGAGAAGUGACUCUGGAGUAGGCAGGCUUUGAAGAUGGUGACUCUCCCCCGGCGCUCAGAGAGGCCAGGGCGCAGGCAGUGAGGUGGGCCAGGCAGUGUCAGGAGCCGAAGCUGGUGGACUUCCCCGGCCCAGACCCUGGGUGCUCGGGGCAUGUGCAGGCUUCCCCGCUCAGUACGCCCUCUUCCCUGCCCUGCCUGGGCUUUGGGCAGGGAGCGCUGGCUGGACAGGGUGCCCAGCGGAAGGUCUCGGCAGCCGAUUUUACGUCCCCCCUCGCCUGCGCCCCUGGCAGGGGCCCACCUCACCACCCCCUAACUAUGACCUUGUACAGCAUAUUUUUACACCAGUUUCAAAAUGCAGACCAUACAAUGGUGACCAAAAUGUAAAUUGCUGUAACACUGAGUAAAUUCAUCAUGGGAAAUGGUUCACAGCAUAUAAUGAUGAAUAGAUUCUAUUGCACAAUGUGUUGUCUCAGUGAUGCAGAGAAUUUUUAAUAAAAAUGUGUGUUUUCAUUUUCUGUGUGCAGACAGGAUGCAACUGGAUCUGUAACUGGGGAAAGUAGUUAAAAGAUAUUUUAUGGCUUUGAUUCACUUAUUUGGGUCAUCAUUAACAUUGCAUUUAAAGUAGGAGCAUCCAACAGAAUUUUUGGAUUUACAAGGUGUUUUCCAAAGGUUUUCGUCUAACUAAUUCUAAAUUGUCUGUAUCUGAAUAUAAUUAUCAUUGCCCUCCUUAAUAACUUGGUCGAACAUUCCUUUUCCUGAUGGAAGGUCAGCUGUAACAGUAGAAGCAGGUCCUAGGAUGAUGUCUUUUCCAUGCAUUGAGGGUAACAUUGAAACUGGGCUGUCAUGUUUUUUCAGUACAUUGGGUCACCUACCACAGACACACACAGCACAAAAAAUUAAAAGAAAAUCUGGGAACAGGAUCAUGGAGCAAGGAAGUUCUUAUGUGGAGAAAGUCGGCACAGAUGGGCUUGAAUGUUACCAUCUAUGCUCAGUUGAAGUGAUAAUAUGUAAAAAGUGAGAGCUUGUUCCAUCUGUUAAUGUGUUGACUUUCUCACAAGCUCCCACAAGUUUAGUAGAUGCACUUUUAACUGACAUUUUGGUAAAACCGCUGCAUGUCAGUAAGGCAGUAUAGAGCAAAGUGCUUAAUAACGUACACUGUAUUUUCUAGUGCCCCAAUUUGCAAUGAAAUAUGCACCAUGAACCUUAAAAUUUAUGUAUUUUGUAGUUUCCAUGGCAUCUAUAUUUUUCCUGUACUUUGAAGAACAUUUUGACAACCUGGCUUUCCAUAUUACCUGAAAGCUGCAAUUUUGUCAGCAUACUUUCUUUUCAGCUCUCUUAGGCUAAUCACCCAUAUUUCCAUGCUACAUGUAAAAGUAGAAGACCCGUUCUUUUGAGGAAUGUAACUAAACUAUAUACAGGAACCUGCUUUGUUGGUGCUGGUGGCAUUUGGCAAUGGUUUGACUUUUUUGCAGUCUUGCAACUUUGCAAAGUUCAGGGCAGAUAGAGAAUGGAAGUGUUCUGCAGUUGUAAGGAUUAUUUACAAAAGAAUGAAUAAAUAGCUUUUUUCAUACAUGUUGGUUUUUCGGUUGCUUUUCCCCUUUGAUUAUCUGCUUGGAAUGUAGUAGAUCAGAAAGUUCUACACAAAUUUUACAAACCACUAGGAUGUAUUCCUGAAGGAUGUAGGAAGUAAUACGUUUCGUGGCCCAUUUUUAGAUUGUGUACUUUGCUUAGUGUUCGCAAGAUUUGUUCAGCCAGAGUAAAUUUUCUGCCACCUUGUAUGUUUAAUGUGCAUUCAAGAUCAACCUUCAUUUGACAGUCCACGGAUGUUUGUGCAAUAACUGAGCUAUACUGGGAUUGAGAACACACUUUUGUAUCUGGUUUGAAAUGGAUAGUGGAGCUUCCCUUGCGUGUAAUAAUGGAUUUACCUGUGCUGCAUAAUUACAAUAUAACUUAAGUGUAUUAUGGUCCCAAAUGGUCCCAAGAUACUCUUGUCACUUAAUUUGACUCUUGCGCUCUGAUUUUAAAUGUUCUUGUAAAAUAAUAAUAAUAAUAAUUCAGAUCUCUCCUGUUGGUUGUAUAUGUUCUGAAAGUUUAAGUUAAUCCAAAGAAGAAAAAGGCAGUUUGCUUUGAAACAGGAAGGACGACAAGUAUGCAGCAUGCUGACUGUGGACUUCUCAAUUACCUCAGCAGGUCCCCUGCCAUGUAAUUACUAGUAAUUAGUGUUAGUUUAACCAGCUAAGUAUGUUCAGGUCUUACUUAACUGUGCCCUGGAAUUAAGUGUCCUACCAUAUACUAUUAAGGCUGAAUUACUAUCCAAAAAAGGGUGUUUCCCCGCGCUAGCUUUUAAAAGUAGAAAUGCUGUUAAAUGUAGAUAGCCUUUUUUUCAUGUGAAAAGAUUCCCAUUAAUACUACUUGAUGUGGCAUUGACUGUCGGCAUACUGAGCACUGGAUAGAUAAGUGGAAUGUUUUAUAAACAUUUCUGCAAGCCACUGCAACCAACCAAUAUUUUUUAACAAAUCACCCCAAUUUGCCGUUCUGUUGUAUAACUUAGUUUCCUUUGCCAGUCCUAUUGAAGUGUAGGUAAUGGCAACAGUAUGUUGAAGUUGAGUAUGUAAUGUACUGGUUGUAGGCUUCUUCUUUUUUCCGUCUUUUCCUCCUUUUCCUAGGAAAAAGCAAUAAGACUGCUUUGUCUGUUGCCUCUUUAGCAUGGCAGGAAUCCUUUUCCUUUGGGUAGUGGUUUUAUAGGAGAGUUUGUAUGUGUAUCACCCAAGUCUAGCUUUUAAAAAAAUAAUAAAGUGUGCAGUUAAUAGUGUGGCAUUUUAUUUUAAAAAUUGGGGAAAAGUUAACAUAUUUUUUUAAAAAGUAGGUGUUUGAGUAAAUAACGGAGGUACUUUUUUAAAAACUUUAUAUGCCACAAAUUUAAAUAGACAUAUUUCAGACUAAUGCAUAAGACUUGUGAUGUCAGAUAUGGGCAUCACUUUUCCUUUCCAAAGUUGCACGUGCAGUAACUCCAUCCAUUGUAGCUUUUGUGGUUUUUGCCUAUUUGUUCCUCUCUCUUCUUUCAAAAUGUGUCUGAAUCAAAAUAGCUUUGAUAAAUAGCUGUUUUGGUUCUUAACUUAGUAGCUGAUUUACAAUUUAAAAAUGCAGUUUGCCCCUUUCUAUUUGAGUACUUUUGAAGCUGAGGAGCUGCUGCUUUCUUUUGACAUGAUUUGUGACUUUGUACAAAGAAAUGCAAACAUACAGACCUCUCAUUCCCCUUAGUGUGAACAUAAAUUUCAAAAUGGAAGGUGAUGCAUGUUUGUAAAAGGCCUGCAGAUGUUUGGCAUUUCUUCAGUUCAAAAUACCAUUAAAGAUGUAUAUAACAGGUCUAUAAAGAUUUGUGCAAUUUAAAGCCUGUUUAAAUUUUAUAUGUAAACCUACAAAUCAAAGGGUUCCAUUCCCAAUAUUAUUUCUGGUAAUUCAUACUGGUACUUUUUGCACAUAGUUAAUUUUACUGAUUCUUCAAAAAAAAGUGCUGUUUCUGUGGUAAUGUAUUCUCUGAAUAAUAUUUAAUUUUUAAAAAACAAGUUAACGUUUCUAAUUGUUCAGUUCCUGUGUUUUUUGGCUGGUGUGUAAUAAAGGCAUUUUUUCCCUUUA